UUUGUUUCAGAGCUCACUAAUCAUGUGCUCCUCCGCCACUUCCCUUCUCCUCACUGUAGGGUUUCGCCAAACCCUAACUUCCCCUUUCUCUCCAUUACCGAGGUGGGCGUUUGAUUGCCGACAAUCUCAUCAUCUCAAGGAAAUUCGGAAUUGGGGAUGCUCUCGUCGGCGUUCGAUUCUCAUAGUUUCUGCGGUUGAUGAGAACUCGUCUCGGAUUUCUAUGCUUCUGGAGGAGAGUGAUGAGAACUUUGGGAGGUCUGUAGUGGUGGAGGAUAGCAGUGGGAGUCAUGGCGAACAGUCGAGUUUUGUGUUGUCUUCUAAUGAAGGACAGAGUUGUGAUAGUGAUUCGCAUGUUUAUCCUCUUGCGGAUGUGGAUUUGUCGUUGAGGAAGGAAAGAUUGGAAGCUCGAAAGGAGGCUCUGGGGAUGAGUGCUCACCGGUUUUCAAAUAUUGUUCCUAGUAAACCCAAGAGAAAAAGAAUUCGACCGGGAAUCUUGAUUAAUCUGGGACUGAUGGCAUUCCUAGUUCCAUUUCUCUUGUUCUUUGACUGGUGCGCAUGGAAGAUUGUUAGGUUGCCAUUGGAGCCUUUUUACUUAACUCACCCUUUUCUAGUAUCAGCUGUUUUAUCCACAUGCGCUGGAUUUUUGUAUGUCCCCAUGAUUGAUAACAUGAGGGUCCAUCAGAUCCUUAGAAAAGAAGGUCCUUCCACACACACAUCAAAAAGAGGGACCCCUACCAUGGGUGGAUUGUUCUUCAUUCCUGUGGGCAUCAUUGUUGCAAAACAUGUAGCUGGUCUUAGUUCUGUUCAAUUUUAUGGGGCGGCAUUGGCCACACUUGCAUUUGCUGCCAUUGGUUUAAUGGAUGAUGCUUUAAGUUGUGUCAAGAGCCACAAUUAUGGUUUACCAGGAUGGAUUAAAUUGCUUUUGCAGGUGGCUGUUGGGGCAGUGUUUUCUUUAUGGUUGAACUCUACCAAUAUAUCGACGCCAUACAACAUGAAGUUGCUAGUUCCUCUGCCUCAACCAUUUGGCCUUGUGCAUUUGGGGAAAUCAUAUCUAAUACUAACAGCAUUCUGUUUUGCCUCUAUGGGCAAUGGAGUCAACUUGACUGAUGGGCUUGACGGCUUGGCUGGAGGAGCUGCUGCUUUGGCAUUUAUUGGAAUGUCUGUUGCAGUGCUUGCUAUUUGUCCAGAGCUUGCUGUUUUUGGAGCAUCAAUGGCUGGGGCAUGUAUUGGUUUUCUUUUCCACAACAGGUACAAGGCUUCCAUAUUUAUGGGUGACACCGGGUCAUUAGCAUUGGGUGGAGCACUUGCUGCUAUGGCUGCAUGCACCGGAAUGUUCUUUCCAUUAUUUAUAUCUUCAGGCCUCUUUGUCAUGGAAGUGUUGUCAGUAAUAGUGCAGGUUUUUGUGAUGAAGAUUACCAGAAGGAUUUACGGGGUUACACGCCGUUUCUUCCGAAUGGCACCAGUGCAUCAUCAUUUUGAAUUAUGUGGUUUCCGCGAGCCCAUCAUUGUUGCCAGUGCAUACGCCAUCUCAUUCGCAUUCGCUCUCAUAGCCGGAUACAUCGGUCUUAUUUCAGCUUGAAUUACCAGAGAAUUUCUAAACCUUUCUGUGCCAGUAGCUGUUCAUGCAGGUACUUCCCCAUCCAGCCAUCACUCUCAUUUCCUGAAGCCAUAUAUUAUGUGUACAUACUUUGAAAAAAAAAAAUUGAGUCCUAGAAGUUCUAAUUUGGUUGGUCAUUCUCAUUGAAAGAGAACCACAAAUGAAGAAACAAAGAUAAGGAUUUUUUUUCACAUCUGAUAAAGACUUUUAGCCUU